AUGUCUACUCAUGUUAAUCAAACAUAACAGAACUUAACCAAUCCCUAAUAAGAUAUCAAGUAAUAAACUUAUAAUAAUUUGUCUUAGAAAUCGCAUCAGAUCUCAAAAAUUGUACUUAUCAACAAUUAUUAAAUUCCUUUUUGCCGUAUCUCUAUUUCUAAUGUUCAGUCUUCAGAUUUAAUAUCAAUUUAACUUGAGUUACAUUUUUCUGCUUUUAUUACUCUACCAUCUUAUUGACUUUUUGAACUUGCUUUACUACCAAUUUUAAAUGAAGAAAUUGUAAAUCCAAUUGUAAACAUUAUUAACUAUACAGCAAGAAGAUCAAGCUACUGUUAUAUAUUGGAACUAAAAUAUUUGAUUUCAUUUACUUAACAUUCUUAUUGUUACUUAUAAUAGUGGGAUACCAAUAUUUUGUUUACACCAAUUUAUGUUUAGUGAUUGCAAUCAUAUUCAAUUUUUACUCACUUUAUUAAGAUAGAAUACUAUUAGAAUCACUUAAAAUGUUAAACAAAAUUUCUUUAAUCUGCCGAAUUUACAUUUUGAUUUGUUCCUUAUUCAUUACCAUGAAGUUGGAUAAUAUUCUUCUUUGGAAUUGGACUCCCACUUUAUGGAGUAUUUGGGUAGGUUUAAUUUGCAUUAUUGGGGUCAGUGCAGGCUCUGUAAUUGUCACAUUUAGCAGAAUUGUUCAAUAUAUGUUUGAUAGAUAGAAUCUAUUGAAAUCAGAAUGUAUUUUUUCUUAUAUUAAAUUCAUAGUGAUUACUUAUAUUUGGAUAACUUAACUUCUCAUUUUUGGUAGUAUCACUUUUGCUUUAAAUUCCUUUGGGUAUUUAUAAUAUUUGGAAAAUCAACAAAGUUAUUCAUAUAAUUUCUUUAUACUAUAAUAUUUCAGUAUUGCUGAAUUUAUCAUCAUCAUUUUUUAUUCUAUAUAUUUUCGUUUAGAUAUCUGUGAAUAAAUAUUUUUAACACUAUAAGAUGAUGAACCAAUAAAUUAAUAAUAAUUUUCAGCUAAUAUGUAAGUUAAUAAUUAAACUUUGUAAUAAAUUAAUCCGACUUCUUCAAGAUCUUAAAUUCCUUAGGUUGUAUAAAAAAUAUCAAAAACCUAUUUUGGAAUUCCAAGAAUUAAAAAAGAGGGUGACCAAGAUUCAAUUAGUGGAUCACCUGUUCUUAAGAAAUCAACUAAAAAACACAAACGUGCAUUUUCUAGCUAAGGAGUUGCUUCAUAAAUGUUUUAAGAAUUAGAUUAAAUUGUAGUAGUUGAAAAAUAACAAUCUAAUAAUUUAAAUAAAACAAUCUCUAAUGAAUUAAAAAUUUAACUUGAUAAAAAGAGAUGUAAUUCUCAUUUAGUCACAGUAUAAUAUACUUAUAAGUAUUAGAUUGCACAUGAUGAAAGUAAUUAAAAUAAAAACCAGGAAAUGAGUUUGAGUCAAACAAGCAAUGUUUGUAUUGUCUGUUAUGAAAGAGGACCAAAUGCUGUUUUUAUGAAUUGUGGCCAUGGAGGAACUUGCUAUUAAUGUGCUAUAGAUAUUUGGAAAUAAAAGACUAUUUGUUAUUUGUGCAGAAAUGUAAAUAUUUAUUGCUUAUAAAUUUAGAAAAUUGAAUACAUUUUGAAAGUUGAUUUGGAAGACAGAUACGGAGAUCUCUUUAAAGUUGUUUCUACUGCUUAAAUGAUCGAUUAAUUUAAUAAAUGA